AAACUCUUGUAUUUUUAUAGCCAAAGUCUUUCCACAUUGUCUGUCAUUGAAGAUUUCUUGGCAAAAAGGCCAGUGCCUUCUCCCCCAAGCUUGGAUGCACAAGGAAUCCAUAAUUGGAUCCGAAAUGUGAAUUAUUAUAGACUGGAUGGAAGUACCUCUGCCUCAGAGAGAGAACGAUUGAUUAACCAGUUCAAUGAUCCUAGCAACACUUCUGUUUGUCUCUUCCUUCUUUCCACAAGAGCUGGGUGUUUAGGUGUGAACCUUAUUGGUGCAAACAGAGUGGUAGUAUUUGAUGCUUCUUGGAAUCCAUGCCAUGAUGCACAGGCAGUAUGUCGGGUAUAUCGUUACGGACAGAAGAAGCCUUGCCACAUCUACCGACUCGUUUCUGAUUUCACUUUGGAAAAGAAAAUUUAUGACCGUCAGAUCUCCAAGCAAGGGAUGUCAGAUCGUGUUGUGGAUGACUUGAAUCCAGUGUUGAACUUUACCAGGAGGGAGGUGGAAAACUUGCUGCACUUUGUGGAAGAGGAACCUGAGCCUGCCCAGCUUUCAUUUAGCCCCAGUAAGAUCAAGGAAUCUGUUUUACAGCUGGCCUGUCUCAAGUACCCUCACCUCAUCACCAAGGAGCCUUUCCAGCAUGAGUCACUGCUAAUCGAUCGUAAAGAGCACAAGCUCACCAAGGCAGAGAAAAAAGCUGCAAAAAAGAGCUAUGAGGAAGAGAAACGUGCAUCUGUCCCUUAUACCCGUCCUUCCUAUGCUCAGUAUUACCCAGCCACUGACCAGAAUCUGACAAGUAUUCCUGCCUUCAGUCAAAGGAACUGGCGACCAAGCCUCAAAGGUGAGGACAGGCCAGUGGCAAGUGUGCGUCCCGUUCAGUCCACCCCUAUUCCGAUGAUGCCUCGCCAUGUCCCCUUAGGCAGUAUGGGAGCAGCUUCAGUUUCCAAUCCUGCUAUUAACUUCCCCAUCAAUUACCUGCAGCGAGCUGGUGUUCUUGUGCAGAAGAUUGUCACCACAACAGAUAUAGUGAUUCCAGGUACGAACACUUCCACGGAUGUGCAGGCAAGAAUCAGCGCUGGUGAAAGCAUACACAUUAUCCGUGGGACUAAAGGAACAUACAUCAGGACCAGUGAUGGACGGAUCUUUGCUAUCCGAACCACUGGCAAGCCCAAGGGCAGUGAAGAUCAUCGCAUGGUUGCCUCAGGUGAACACCUUUCUUAAGUGUCUCUGAGUUUCUCUUCCAUUAUUUUAUUUUGAAA